AUGUCAGAUGAAAAAGGCUCAUUGGAAGAUCUCCCAAUCUAUUCAUUCCUCUUUCCGAAUGAAAAAGGGUCUAGUUUAUAUAAUGCUUACGAUCGGGAUGAAGUGGAAAAUAAAUUGGUUAUCAAAAUCGAUCAAGACGAUCAGGCUCCCAAGUUUUCUGUCGCAGAUGACAUUUCAGAAGUAUAUGGUUUACCCGGGAUUCAUGAAUGUAUUAAUGGUCAAAAGCCUUUAAGAGCUGUGAUUGAUAUCGAUGCGUCGAAAGAAGAUAUGGAAACAGCUAGCGUUAAGGGACAGGAAGUGUUCAUUCGAAUUUGUUGCUCUUUCAUAAGAGCCUUGUACCGAAUUCUUGACUGUGGCUGGGAAGACAUUCUCAAAGGGUUAAUAGUUACUACAUCAUCGGAUCCUAGCAAAUGCAGUUAUCAUAUCUUAUAUGCGCCGACUCUCCUUAUUGAUCACCGAGAACUUAAAUCAUUCACCAAAUUAGUGUAUAGAUUAACUGAGGAAAAAUUCGGCAAGUUUAUUGAUCAGAAUCUAUCUGGUCAUAAUUUUAACCUUCGCCUAAUUGGUUCGGCAAAAAAAGGUCGCGUGAAACGAAUCCUCCAAUUCUCACUAGAUAAUGGUUGGAAUGAACUCGAUCACGUUAGGGUUCAGCCACCUUCUAAUUUAGGACUCGAAGUAAGACCCCGGUUACUUAGUGAAGAAAAAAAUAAUAAUCCGCUAAGAAUAUUCGUAGGUCAGGAUAUAUUACAAAAAUACGCAGAAUUAGUUUUACAAAAACAUUCUAGCUAUCUUAGGGAUUGGACUAUCGAAGAAAAAGACUCAGAGAACUUUGUAUAUUUUAACCGAAAAGCUCCACUAGAAUGCCCACUCUGUAAACGCAUACAUGACAAGGAUCAGCGGUGGUUCGGCCGUGUAUGCGCUAGUAGUGGCGAAUUCAUCGUAAAAUGUUUUCGGCAGAAUAGUGAUGAACCAGGGGAUGUAUUUGAAUGCGACCCAUCUAUUGCGGAAAAAAUUCAGCAAAAAAAUAAAAAUAUAUCUUUGGCGCCUAGCACGAUAAAAGGCCCAGGUUUACCUAAAGCCUUCUUAAAAUUCCCAUCUUGGGUUAAGUAUAAUGAGCCCCUUUCAGCGACAGAAAUAUAUAACGAGAGAUAUGUAAGACCAUUGCCGGAUAAAGGUGAUAUCUAUGUAGGAUCGCCUUGGGAAACUGGUAAAACAUACAUUCUCGAACAUCUUACUAUAUCUGACGAUGUGAAUUUGCUAGUAUUAUCUACGCGCCACUCUUACUCAAAUGCCGUUACUACAAGACUUAAUCUCAAAUCAUAUUGCGAUAUCGAUAGUAAUAUAAAUCUACCUGAUCAUAAAAGGGUAGUAUGUCAGAUAGAAAGUUUACACCGUAUUACUAAUAAUUGCAAAUGUAAUAAAAAAUGUAAAUGUUCUCCAAGCCAAUAUGAUUUAUGGCUUGAUGAAAUAGUAUCUAUAAUUGCUCAGGCACAAGGUCAUUUGGCGGGUCAAUCAAUAGAGAAACUAUAUAAAUUAAUUCAAGAGGCUAGGCGUAUUAUCGUCAUGGAUAAUGAUCUUACUGAUCUAAAUAUCGAAUGGAUUAAGGUCCUUCGCAAGGAUAAACCAUUCUCAGUUAUCCACAAUACUUAUCAACCACAGGAAGGGAAAAAAUUCCGCCUAGCCCCUAAUAAAGAAACUGUGUUAACCGAACUUUGGGAUUGGGCUAGGAGAAUAUCUUCACUGCCUUCUGAUAAACGAAUAAGUGCAUCACUCAUCUGUCAUCUCAGAAAGGAUGUGCAAGGGAUCGUUCGUGCUCUCAAGACCGAUUUUCCAGAAUUGAGGAUUAAAGAAUAUCAUGGUAAAUCUGAUCCAGAAGAAAAGGCUAACGACUUCAGUAAUGUAGAAGAAUCAUGGAGCGAUGUUGAUCUAGUUGCGUAUACAAGUACUUUAAAAAUAGGAGUAUCUUGCACUAACCCCAAGUUCGAACGGGCGUUCUGUAUCUUUAACAGUUAUAUAGAAACGAACGCCGGAACGAAUCAGAUGUUAUUCCGCAUGCGGUGCAUUAAAGAUUAUAUAUGCCAUAUCGAACAAAGAUCUUCUAACGUCCCCAUUACAGAAGAUGGGUUAUUUCGAUGGUUGUUGAAUGCUAAACGUGAAUGCCUACCCCGAGAACUCCAGAAUAGAGGAAUAUUCCCAGAUGUGGAUUCUAUUAUCCGGAAUAAGGACGUACCAUCUGUUCGAUUAUGGGUGGCAUUCAUGUUGGAAAAAUUCCGUUCCCGGAGAUUAUUUGGUUGGAGGAUGGUUGAUUUUCUUAGAGAAGCGGGUAUGACAAUUUCCAUCAUAGAAUCCGGUUCUAAAUCCAAUGAAAAUACAUUAUCGCAAAUAGUGAAGGCAAAAUGUUCUGUUGUUAAAGCAGAUGAAAUAUCAGAUAUAACUAAUGCUAAUAUUCUUGAUCGUGAGACUGCCGAAUUUCUAGAGAAUAAGCCAAGAAAGACUUUAGAAGAAAUGCGCUCUUUAGACCGGCACCAUAUCGUGGAAUGUUAUGAGAUUUCGCCUGAAAUAUUGACCGAAGAUUUUAUCUCGAAGUACGGAAAUUAUAAUCAUAUGAAAUGGUUCAGAGCUUAUAGGCAGUUGCGAGAUGCGG